AUGUCAGCGGGGGCGGGGCCUGUUGGCCGUGGAGACGCGGUGGAGCCGCCGCCGCCGCCGCCUCUCCCGCCCAGAGCCGCCGCUACACCCGGGCAAAGGCCGCGCGCUGGCUGGCAUGGCGCUGCCGCCCGAGAAAGCCUCCGAGCUGAAACAGAUCAUUCGCAACCAGCUAUCGCAGAUGAACGUCCAUGGAAAAAUCAGGGAUAUAUUAUCGGAGUCAGUCCGGGAGGAAUUGGGCAAGAAUUCGCAAGGUUUGUCUGAGGCAGAUCUUAUACAAGCUUUACAACGCCGGGGCAUUGUAGAUGAUGUCAUGAAGGAACUCAAAUUCUUAACAGAGGUGCAGGACAAAGAAGCUACAACCAGUUCAAAGCCAGCCACACAUUUUGUAGACAAAGAGCCAGCAGAAUUAAAAAAAACAAAAAUUGACCCCACGAGAAGAAACCUGUACCUUCAGGUUUUGGGUGGUCGAGCAUUCCUGGAGCAUUUACAGGAACCGCUGCCGCUACCAGGGCAAGUGUGCGCCACCUUUACACUUUACUUGCAUUUCCGAAAUCAACGCUUCCGUUCCAAGCCUGCAGCAUGUGCCUGUGAACCUGAUCUGCAAGAUGGGUUUCUGUUGGAAGUUCACAAAGACAGCUUGGGUGAUGGCAGUAGGAUGGCUGAUGCAACAACUUUAUUAUCAAUCUGUGAUCCUGUGCACCUGGUUCUUAUAAAGACAGAUACUUCUAGUGAGAAAACACUGAUUGCAUCGCACUACUUGGAAUGGCGGUCUGUGCUGAGUUCGCCAGAUGGAAAAAUGAGCAUAUCUGUAGAAUUAUUGGGUGUAGGCACAGAGUCUAAAGUUCCAGUUGGAGUUUUAAAUCUAAAACUUGAAAUAUAUCCUCAUCUGACUCAGCCACUGAGCAAAGAAAUAGUUGACACUCAGCUAAUCUUAGAACGCCAAAAGACUGCAGAAAAAGAACGCUUGUACCUUAUAUAUGCCAAACAGUGGUGGAGAGAGUAUCUUCAGAUCAGACCUUCACAUAACACCAGACUUGUGAAAAUCUUUGCACAGGAUGAAAACAGUGUAAAUCAUCCAGUAUGCUCCUACGUAAGACCCUUGCGAGCUGGUAGGCUUUUGGACACACCGAGACAAGCUGCUAGAUUUGUUAAUGUUCUCGGCUAUGAGAGAGCAGCCAUGGUUGGAGGUGGAUCCAAACAAGAGCAAUGGUGCACUCUCCUGAGUUUUCUAUGCAGAGGCAAGGGAGACUGUGAAGACCAUGCCACCUUGCUGUGCAGUUUGCUGCUGGGCUUUGGAUUGGAUGCCUAUGUGUGUGUUGGAACAAAAGCAAGAAGGGUGCCGCACACUUGGGUGAUGGCACAUGGAACAAGUGGAGACGUCGUUUUCUGGGAGAGCUUAACUGGACACAGAUACAUCCACAGGCCAGUUAACCCUGAUGACCCACCAUUAGUAGAGCAACCGAAGAGAGCGUAUCCAUAUUGUUCAAUCGGCUGCCUCUUCAAUCACCAGAGCUUUUAUGCAAAUUGUCAGCCAUCUGACACAGUUGAACUGAGCCACUUUGACCUGAAUGACGAAUCGAAGUGGAAACCCAUGAGUACCGAGGCCAUAAAAUCUGUGUGUGCUCCUGGCUCAUCGACUUCAUUGCCACCAUUUCCACCUUUGUGUGCUCCAGUGAUUGAUGCAGCAGCUGCAAGCAAUGAGAUUGAACUGGUUUUGAGGGGUCUGAUUUCUGAGCAUAGGAAGGAUCUCAGCCUGGCCACUGUGUGGGAUGAUCAUCUGUCUUACUUGCUAUCGCCGGCACUUGCUGCGUAUGAGAUUGAGCGCACAACUGGGGUGUCCACGGGCAAUGAGGAGUUCCAAGAUGCCAUCAAGCGAGCGGUGCCCGACGGACAUACCUUCAAAGGUUUCCCAAUUCACUUUGUGCAUCGAAAUCCUAGGAGAGCUUUUGCAACGUGCUUAAGAUCUCCGUUCUGUGAUGAAAUAAUUUGCUGUCGGGGAGACCAGGUGCGACUUGCUGUCCGAGUGCGAGUGUAUCCGUACCCGGAGUCUGCUUGUGCAGUCUGGAUAAUGUUUGCAUGCAAGUACCGUUCAGUUCUCUGAUGCACGGCGCUGUCAGAUGGUGCUGCUUUCACUGCUGGUGGAUGCCAGCAAUGGAACUGGUUCCUUGUUGCUCCUCCCUAAUGGGCACCUGCUGGAUGGUAUCUUUUCAAACCCAAUCCAAUUCUCACCGAACAAGACGCUGAAAUCCUAUUGUACAUCUUUCUCGUUAAAUGUGUGUAUUUAUUAAAACAUAAUCUAUGGAGAUUGUUUUAUAAUUUUUUUUACAAUAUAUAAAAUAUUUUGCUACAAAAUAAAGCUUAUAUUUACA